GCUCUAAUUCUUCACGGAACUUCGAUGGUCUUAAUCGAACAAUAAAAGCUUACCAACUUUAAUCAUUUGUCCCUAUGUAUGGGUUCAAUCGUCAUCCAUAUGCUGGAAUACCCAGUUGACCCAUUACUGCCGCUUUUCUCAGCAAACACAUAGAACUGCUCCGCGCUACAUCAGUUCUUAUCUCGUGAAAAAAACUGCAGCGAGAACUUUGGUACUUCAACAAGUUAUACUACCUCUGAAAAUCUCUUUUACUUUUCUUUCUUGCCGACCUUUUUUACAUGGGACGCGUGCCUGGUGCCUUCGAGAAUAUGCAUCAUUCCUGUUAUCUGCAAUAUUAGACCUGAUGAAACUGUCAGCACUGAACGAGAAGGCAGCAUUGAAGGGAACUUCUACAAAUUGUUUCACGUUUGACUUCACUCCGCAUGUCCCCCAUGUCGUCGAACGACUAAAUCUAUCUUGAUCAUCUGUUUUUGACACCGAGCCUAUCCUGUUUAAUUCUUUUUAACCAUAUCUGUACGGCCGUUAGCUUUUUCCGAUAUGCACUUACACGUGCCUCACUCUCUCUUCGUUCGUCUGCUGCACUUACCAUUGGAUGCACUCUCUCUCCUUUUCAGUUCACUUAGGUUACUACACUACCCAUUCAAAUCGGUGUGCAUUAAAAGAUGAGGGGGAAUAGGUCGAAAUCAUCUUUCUCGAAAUCGUAUAACACCUUCCUGAAGGCUUUCAAAUCGGCUUCCGUCUUCGAAGACAAGAAUGAAUUUCUUGAUAUAAUUUAUUGGUUCCGUCAAGGCUUUGCUGUCAUUAUUGGCAUCAUAUGGGGCCUAAUACCUAUGAAAGGAAUGGUGGCCAUUAUGCUUUUUUUCCUGUUAAAUAUCGGCGCAGUUUAUCUGUACGCGACAUUGUUCCAGAAGGUUGAUGAGGACGAGUACGGUGGAUUUGGAGAUAUUAUCAAAGAAGGCAUUAUGACCGCAUUUUCCUUAACUUCGGUCGAUCGUUUGACUUCAGAAUGUUCUGGUGUUUCCAAGGCUGUUGACGGUUCCCGGUGUAUUUUCACGGUAGACUGCUUGGAAUCGAGCAUCCCCCUUAGGGUGGAAAAAUGCCCUGUAUGUAGUAUUUCCGGACUUCCUUCACAUGAACCAAUCGUUCUGAACAAAGGAGCUCGAUUAAAGUUAUGCUUAGGGCAACAACCAGAUUUGUGCGAACAAGAAAACUGCUCAGGUUUUCGGAAGAUCCUGGAAGUCGUUUUGAAAGGCUGUAGACCAAAAGAAACCAUUACUGUGUGUUUUGACUUUUUGCCAUGCGCUGGCGGCGACUCAGAUAAAGAAGAGAAAUCGACUGGAACUGUGGUCAUUCGGGUAGAGGCAGUUGACAACGGCCCAGUGUGCGCACGUCUGGCUUCUCAGACUGUGGAUGAGCUUUGCACCAAUGAUGGACGAUAUGACCCGUUGGUCAACCCUACCAACGAUUGGAAUCCGGACCUGAUUACGUUUUGGUACCAGCGAGCACAUUAUUUAAAGCAACGUGGCACAUGGAUCAUCCAAGGACACAGCACCAACGACAUGGAUUCAUCUGACACUCAUCGAAGCGUUUGGUCCGCCGCAUUCGCUUGCUACUCGCGUGCCCUGCAGCUGGUAUCAUUAGCUCAUGCGGCUCGCCUGAACUGCACAUCACAUGAUGGGGCUAGUGUCGUCAAGCAGCAGAGGGAUCAAGAACAGGAUCCAAUCCUGGAUCUGGAUAGCUUGAUUGACUUUGAAUCUGGCAAAUUGGAUGACUCUCUCGAAGCGUUUAUGCGCUUGGAAUUCAGCCUGCUUCUAAAUUUGGCCUUGUGUCAACUCAAAGUUGGCUCUGCGGACUUCGCCGCCAAACUAUGCACUCAAGCGCUCUCGCAGUUAGAUCCAGGUUGGGUCGUUGUAGCAGAGAAUAGUACAUCCGUGCAACCGAGGGAUUCGGCGAUCUCCAGGCUUGAUGUGGCCAAGUGUUUGUAUCGUCGAGCUCAGUCACUGACCAUCGUCAACAGGCUGGAUGAAGCACUAGCCGAUUUGGAGUUGGCUUCCAAACUACAGAAGCUCGAUGUUUGUCCACAUCCUGGCUUGGCUGCUACGGAAUCGCUUCUGAUUCGUGUACGUCAGCAACUGUCACGCGAUCAGGAAUUGCUUGCGCAGAGGUUGCGACAUCGACGUGAAUUGUUCCAAUGACGGUUUAGCUAGCCACCACUUUCAAGGCGCCUUUUUAAUGUGACUAGCGGCUGCAAACGCUUUUUACCGAUCACGUAUUUAUAAAUGUACAGGCACACAUGGCCCUAUUUCACAUAUAUGUCUGCAGUUCUCACUGAAGAGUUCCAUGUUUUCACAUCCCUUACAAUUGUCACACGGUGUGCUACCUUCCAGUCGGACUACAGAAUAGCCAGUAGGCAGUUUGAAUCGGGUAGACUUUUUUCGGAUCUUUGUG